UUUAGUCAUCAGGCUUAGACUGACGGGAGGCUGCCUGUACUGUAGCGGUGGAGUACGGUUUUGAGUGUGCGUGCCUGCAUGUGCGAGACCCACACUGUUCUCUGAGGCAUUCUGUCAUUCGCUGCUUCCCUGCAGUCUCUCUCGCUCUCUCUCUCUCUCUCCCUCUCUUUCUCUCUCGCUCUCUCCCUCUCUCCCUCUCUCUCUCCUAUCCUCCGUCUCCUGAUGAGAGAGGGAGUCACGCUACAGCCAGAGAGACAGAGAGAACGCGACACGACGACAAAGAUCUGCAAAGGAGAGGAUUUUCUCUCUCUUUUUUCCUCGCGCGUUGGUCUCGCCGCCACCGAGCUGAGCAGGGAGAGGGGGAGCGGAGAGAGGGGACCCACGCAGAACACCUCCUGCUUCUCCUUUUAGUUUUCUUUCAUAUUUUUUCUUUUCCGUUUCAUUCUGCGAUUGGGCGAGCGCUUCUUAGAGCCAGCGGUCCAGGGGAAGUCUCCUGCCUCCUUCUACAAGCGUGCCCCCUCCCCUCUCCCACCCCCCUGAGAAGCAAGGAUGCUUAACAACCUGACAGACUGCGAGGAGGGGGACGGAGGACCCAACAGCCAGGGUGAUGGGGUCCCCAAGGAGAGCAGCCCGUUCAUCAACAGCAGUGAUGCAGAGAAAGCCCAGCAGUAUGAGGGGAAGAACAUGGCCCUGUUCGAGGAGGAGAUGGAUACCAGCCCCAUGGUGUCCUCACUGCUCAGCAGUCUCGCGAACUACUCCAAUCUUCCACAGGGGAGCAAAGAGCAUGAGGAGGCUGAGAAUAACGAGGAGGCGCGCAAGAAACCCAUCAAGGCUCCACAGAUGGGCACCCUGAUGGGAGUAUACCUCCCCUGCCUGCAGAACAUAUUCGGGGUGAUCCUCUUCUUGCGUAUGACCUGGGUGGUGGGUGUCGGAGGGGUGGUGGGCUCCUUCAUCAUCGUCUUCAUGUGUUGCUCCACCACCAUGCUGACCGCUAUCUCCAUGAGUGCCAUCGCCACCAAUGGAGUUGUGCCAGCUGGUGGUUCGUAUUACAUGAUCUCGCGGUCCCUGGGGCCAGAAUUUGGUGGCGCUGUGGGCAUAUGCUUCUACCUGGGGACCACCUUUGCCGGUGCCAUGUACAUCUUGGGGUGCAUUGAGAUUCUGCUGAUAUACAUUGUGCCCCAGGCGGCUAUAUUUAAGAUGGAGGGUUUGGAAGGGCCAGAUGCAGAAGCAGCCCUGCUCAAUAACAUGCGUGUUUAUGGCACCUGCGUGCUCAGCUGCAUGGCAGUGCUGGUGUUUGUUGGUGUCAAGUAUGUCAACAAGCUGGCCCUGGUCUUCCUGACCUGUGUCGUCGUCUCCAUCCUCGCAGUCUAUGCUGGCGUCAUCAAGACCGCCAUCGACCCCCCCGACUUUCCGGUCUGUAUCCUUGGGAAUCGAACCCUGAUCACCAAGGGCUUUGAUGUGUGUGCCAAAGUGAUUGAGAGGGGCAAUGGCACCGUGACGACAAAACUCUGGCGCAUGUUCUGCGACUCCGAGCUCCUGAACGCCACCUGCGACGAGUACUUCAUCAACAACAACGUCUCCCAGAUCCAGGGCAUCCCUGGCGUCAUGAGCGGCAUCCUGUCGGAGAACUUGUUUGGUAACUACCUGGAGAAGGGGCAGAUCUUGGAGAAAAUAGGGAUCCCCACUGUAGUGGAUCCAGAGGCACCCCUGACAUUUACCAACUCCUACGUCCUCGCUGAUAUGACCAGCUUCUUCACCCUGCUGGUCGGCAUCUAUUUCCCCUCUGUUACAGGGAUCAUGGCAGGUUCAAACAGGUCAGGUGACCUGAAAGAUGCCCAGAAGUCCAUCCCUAUUGGCACAAUCAUGGCGAUCACCACAACCUCCUUUGUGUACAUGUCCAGUGUGAUCCUUUUUGGAGCCUGCAUUGAGGGAGUGGUGCUGAGAGACAAGUUCGGGGAAGGGGUAAACGGCAACCUGGUGAUUGGCACGCUGGCCUGGCCCUCCCCCUGGGUGAUUGUGAUUGGCUCAUUCUUCUCCACCUGUGGGGCGGGGCUGCAGAGCUUGACUGGGGCGCCACGUCUCUUACAGGCCAUCUCCCGCGACAGCAUCAUCCCAUUCCUCAGGGUGUUUGGUCAUGGGAAAGCUAACGGGGAGCCCACCUGGGCUCUGCUCCUCACUGCCUGCAUCUGUGAGACUGGCAUCCUCAUCGCCUCCCUGGACGCUGUGGCCCCUAUUCUCUCCAUGUUCUUCUUGAUGUGCUACAUGUUUGUCAACCUGGCCUGUGCCCUGCAGACUCUGCUACGCACCCCCAACUGGAGACCCCGCUUCAAGUUCUACCACUGGGCGCUGUCCUUCCUGGGCAUGAGCUUGUGUCUGUCCCUGAUGUUCAUCUGCUCCUGGUACUAUGCCAUUGUUGCCAUGGUGAUCGCUAGCUGCAUCUACAAGUACAUUGAGUUCUGCGGGGCGGAGAAAGAGUGGGGCGACGGCAUCCGGGGCCUGUCCCUCAGCGCUGCCCGCUUCGCCCUCAUGAGGCUGGAAGAGGGGCCCCCCCACACCAAGAACUGGAGGCCUCAGGUGCUGGUUCUUGUCAGUGUUGACGGGGAACAGAAUGUGGAACAACCCCGCCUACUCUCCUUGACCAAUCAGCUAAAGGCGGGAAAGGGUCUGACCAUCGUGGGGACAUCGCUGGAGGGCACCUUGCUGAAUGACCAACCCAAGGCUCAACGUGCAGAGCAGUCUCUGAAGAAGGUGAUGGAGACAGAGAAGGUGAAGGGCUUCUGCCAGGCAGUGAUCUCCUCCAACAUCCGCGACGCCACGUCCCACCUGAUCCAGACAGGAGGUCUGGGGGGACUGAGGCACAACACGGUUCUGGUGAGCUGGCCACGCAACUGGAAGCAGGCCAAUGACCAGCAGGCCCUCCACAACUUCAUCGAGGUGGUGAGGGAGACCACUGCAGCACAUCUGGCCCUCCUGGUGCCUAAGAACAUCUCAGCCUACCCCUCCAACGGCGAGCGCUUCACCGAGGGACACAUUGACAUCUGGUGGAUCGUCCACGACGGCGGUAUGCUCAUGCUCCUGCCCUUCCUGCUAUGCCAACACAAGGUGUGGCGCAAGUGUAAGGUACGCAUCUUUACUGUGGCCCAGAUGGACGACAACAGCAUCCAGAUGAAGAAAGACCUGAUCACCUUCCUGUAUCACCUGCGCAUUGACGCUGAGGUGGAGGUGGUGGAGAUGCAAGACAGCGACAUCUCCGCCUACACUUAUGAGAAGACCCUGGUGAUGGAACAGCGCUCGCAGAUCCUGAAAGAGAUGCACCUGACGAAGAACGAACGGGAGAGAGAGAUCCAAAGCAUCACUGACUCCUCCCGCGGAUCCAUCCGCCGCAAGAACCCGGCCGGCGUGGCCAAGCAGCAGAGCAUCAGCGAGGAGCCGGCUGCAGCCAGCGUGGAGGAGAAGCCAGAGGAGGAGUCUGUCGAUGUCUCCCGCCCUGAACAGAUGCAGCUGAUCCACAACAAGGACACCACGCCCACCCCGGCCAGCCCCGCCUCCCCCACUGAGGGGGCGGAGACUCCUGGCGAGAAGGUGCAGAUGACCUGGACGGAAACGUGCGACGGAGACAAGGGUCCCAUCAUGGGGGCCACGUCCCCCGAGGGGCUCAAGGACUUCUUCAACAUGAAGCCGGAGUGGGAAAACCUGAACCAAUCAAACGUCAGACGCAUGCACACCGCGCUCAGACUGAAUGAGGUCAUUGUGAAGAAGUCCCAAGAGGCCAAGCUGGUUCUGCUCAAUAUGCCUGGUCCGCCCAAGAAUCGGAUGGGAGAAGAGAACUACAUGGAGUUCCUGGAGGUUCUGACAGAGGGGCUGACCCGCGUGCUCUUGGUUCGAGGUGGUGGGCGUGAGGUCAUAACCAUUUACUCUUGAGGGACGAGUACCACCCAAAACUCCACCCACACCCCUCCCCCAAAACUCCAAGCUUCUACCACCAGAUCCCUCCACAGACUGUACCUUCAUCCCACAAACUCCUUUAUCGCACACAGACACACAGUAUACAUGCACCUUUAUACAAAUAGAGAAUAUGCAAACACACACACAUGUACACACACACACACACUCACACACGUGCACACACAUCCACACAUCUACAGUGCUGCACCUAUCCAGAACUACAGAUUAGCUGGUCAUGCCACUGUCUAUGUUUUGUGUUCAGCGUCACAGCAAUCAACAGCCAAUCAGCCAAUCAGCAGAGCCCAUGCCUCACUCAUUAUGUGGGCAUUGGUUAUCUGACAAAGCUGUCUUGGCUUUGAUUUGCUGGCUUGUUGCUGCCCCAGGUGGAGAAUGCCCCCCCCCCCCCCCCCCCCCCCCGCCCACACACACACACACACUUCCCCCCGCCCCCCUUUCCUCCCUGUGUGGGGCGCUGCAGGCCCCCUGCAGGCCACUGGAUGAUAUUUUGGUCUCCUCCUCCAGCACUCCCACUGCCCCCACCCCCCAGGUCAUCCUCAUCUGUCAUUCCAUCUGGCGAUUCAUUCUUCCUGAGAGUCUGGUGAAGGCUGAGGGCCACCAUGGGGAAACAUAUUGUCUAUUUCUCAUUUUUUGUGAUUUAUGGUUGGAUUUUUAAAAUGGGGACAAAUUAUUUAAGUAAUUUUACCCUAGGGAUGGGGGGGAUGUUUUUUUUUUUUCUUUCCCAAAGGUGGGAGUUAGGGCAAUGGGGGCAGGGGUGGGGGUAAGGUUGAGUUGGGUUUCUGUGUGUGCGUGGGGGGGGGGGGGGUUAACAGAGUUAAUUGCCAAUCACAAUGGAAUUGUCUUCCUAUGGGUCAACCAGCAGUGGAGAGAAAAAAGGACCGUAAAUAUAUACACACAUUUUUUGUGAGUGUGUACGCGUGUGCAGUGCGCCCUAAAAAGGAAAACAAACACCCCCCCAAAAAAAACAUCAAGAACAGGGACAAGGCAAGUGUGGGGCAAGGCUGUAAAAAAAAUAAGGAGUUCACAAGGGACUCCGGACAGCACUUCGAAGCUACUCCGUGAUGUGCCACAUACCUGACACCCAAGAAUUUUCCGCUGAUAGUCGACGUUUCUUGUUGCAACCUUUCGUUUUGAAAACUUCAAUGAAAAAAUCUGUUUUUAAUCCAUGUUUUGCAGUAAACCUUCCCACCCUUCCCUCCAACCCCUAACUCUGUGACAGUUAUAAGCCGUGCCAAAGACAGCGACACCGGGAGGGAAAGGGCUAUGUGGUCUCUUUAAGGGUGUGCUUUUUCUACUGUGAAAAUGUUUCAGUGACUCCUAUGACUGACAGCAAAAGCAGCAAAUGGGGGUGGGGGGGUGGGAGGAUCAGGGGCUGGGCAUGCCAGUGUGUCACUGUUGUAAGCCACACCCCCCUCUCCCCCAGCAUGGAUCACUGUAAAUAGUGUAGAGUACCAUCUCUGGCACAUUGAUAACUAUCAGCAUACUAUUUUUAGCGACUAACUUCACAGCUUUUUGUGGCAGAGAUGCACUUGUUACAACAGGGUUGACUAGCAACAGUCCAGAAUAGCUAGCUUCCGUCACUUUCAUAGUAUGAUUCAUUCUCAUUGUUAACUCAUUGUGCACAGUCCACUUUUCACCUGAUUUAUAUAUAAUUAAAUAUCAACACUGUCAGUGCCACCCCUUCAGUAUUAUGCACAGAAAACAGUGCUUAACAACAUUAUUUUUGAAAAUUGUAUUUUAAAAAGGCUAUAUACCACAUAUACAUAUUUAUAUAUAAUUUAUCACUACUAAAAUAUAUAUUUCAAUGUAUUUAUAAGACUUAUUUAAAAAGAAAAUAUUCCAUUUUAUUUAUUUAUUCACUUUAAAAUUAAAUUUAAAUUUAAAAUACAGAUAUAUCUAAAUGCAUUUUACAAUUUGACUUUGUCUGCCAAAAAGAGUGCCAAAUGAAAAAAUAUAUAUUUUUCAUGACUACCAUUUUUCUUUUUGUAAAUGAUCAUUUUUCAUUGUGGCAGAGGUGUCCAGUGUCAUCUUUAAUGGCUGCAAAUCCAGAAUAUAAACACAAAGCUGUUCUCUUCUACAGCACAGAAUGAAUGGAAAGUCUUACAUUUCUAUAAUAUAUACAACAUUUGUAAUGGGAACGUGCAAUAGCUGGAUUGUGGAUCCAUUGCCUGUGUUAAUACACACAGUGUUUUAUAUUAGUGGAUAUCUCAUCCAUAAGACAUUUAUCCUCACAUAGUUAGCAUAUAUACUCUGUCUGGUGAUUAUCCAGUCCCUUUCAGCAAGAGUGGGAAACAAUAAUGUGUCAAUAUGGAUACCAAUAUUUCAUUUCUGGAAAAAUAAAUAAAUUGUUGAGAUAUAAAACUGGAAGGAAUGUUUGAAAGGAAACAAGGAGUUAAAGUCCUGCCAUAUUCAUUAAUACAAGAUAUGUAAAAUCUACAAAUAAUAAGGAUUUAGAAAUCUACUCAAAGCUUUCAUAUCAGAAAUGAUGAUUAGUAAUUUAUAAAUGAAUAUCAGUGGGGUGGGGUUUAUCCCUUCUAAGAUCAUACGGGGCUCAGUUUAUCAUUGUAGGCAGGGGGUCAGAAUUAGUCAGAGGGUAAUAGAUACCAGCAUUUAAAGGGGCUAAUUUCAUUUUUAAUUCAAACAGUGGAUUUAUCACAAGGCUGUACAAUAAAGCUGUCCUGUUAUCUUGCCACCCGGGUUGUAUCCCAGCAACACCUGGGGCCCGUGUUCAGAGAACAGAAAUGAAGGGAUGUUUUUGUAUUUAUCACACAGCCAAGAGGUUUAACAGCCCAGGAGAGGCAGGACUGAAGUGGCCCCAAAACAAUCCAAUUAAUGAUAUUGGCUUAGUUUGGUUGGAAGGUUACUGAUGUGCAGUUGGUUGUUAAGACACAGGAGAAGAGAGGAACACAUUAAAAAUUUUUGAUAAGGUUUUGGUGUUUUUCUCCCCGGUUGGAGUUACUAUUUCGUCUUGGGAAGGGUUACCUUCAUGGUAAAAAUACCAAAUGUCUGAUACCCAAAACUCAUAAGUCAUAAGUUGAUGUCAAUAUGAUAUCAACAUGUUAGAUAUCAACAGCUCAUUAGAGAAGUGAGCACCAGGUGGAGGGUACAAAGGCCUGUGUGAUUCUUAUAAAGCCCGACAGCUAUAUCCCUUGAUUAACAUGCAAUGUAAACAUUUUGGCAUGGAUGUUCCUGCAUCCAGUAUAUCACUUCUGAGUUACUGUAACUUGAACUAGUUCGUAGUCCCUAGGCAGGAUAUCGCAUAUGACGUUCAUUGAUUGUCCUCGUAUUUAAUAAAACUGCCCAGAUACCUGAUUGGGCUGCAUGUUUGUUGGUUCAAAAAAAAAAUAAGGAAAAAAAAAAAAACACUUUAAGUGUCCCAAGGGAUUGAUGGCAGCAUUGUGCUUUUGGUGGUGAUAUAUUAUUAACAUGGUGGCAUAAGUCUAAUGUAGCUACAGAAAAAGGAACUUAAAAUAUUAAAGGUUGUUAUGUUCUGCGCAUGUACUGAUGCAGCUAAAUCAGAUGUUAUACAGCAGAACCCCACAACGCGAUAUUUGGGGUCCAUGAAUUGCCAUGACCUUAAAAACAGGGUUGCGUUUCAACAAAGUCAUUGAACGUCACUGUGUCCAAUGUUAAAAUCUCCAAAACAUAUUCAAUUACGAUUAAUAUUACGCAUAAAUAUAAAGUUUUCGUCUUCCUGUUUUCUUUGUUAUAAUUUAAAUAGUAAAUGUAGGCCUAAUUUAAGUAUGGUUCUCACACACAUCUUUAUUUAGGGUGCACUGUUGCCUCACAGCAAGAAGGUCCUUGGUUCAACUCCUGGCCUUUCUGUGGGGAGUUUGCAUGUUCUCCCCAUGCCUGCGUGGGUUUCCUCCCACAGUCCAAAGACAUGCACGUUAGAUUAAUUGGAGAAUCUAAAUUCCCAGUUGUGAGUGAAUAGUGUGUGUGCUGUGCGAUUAUCAAGAUAAUGCAGUUGGUACCCGUCAAUUACGCUCAUUCACUUAAAUUUUUACGAUUCCUAUGGAUAAUUCUUUAAGACUGUAGGCCUAUUUUGUCAGUCAAUAGGCCUGCAUUUCAGUGACUGGGUCAACUUGUUUAAUUUUCUGACUGAGGAGACUGAGACUGAUGCUGAAACUAAGAUGUUGUUCCAAUAUGCACACUUGAUCACACUUGCACUUGCUUGUACGUUCAUGUGCUCAGUGUAAGUGUGCACAUGUGUCCAAUUUCUUGAAUAAUCAAAAGUGCAGUGUGCUUGAUGUGCACUUUAACCAGACUUAUUCUAAGAUCUCUCUGCGGCGGCCUUUAGCCAAGAAUAUGGACCCACCAUGCACCAAGCUGGUAACAUUUAUUGUUGAUGCCAGUCACAAGAUUGGCGACUUGUGUGUUCCCUGAAGAAAAAUGCCACCAAAAAAUAUCAAUGUAAGAAAGAUGUUUGCAAAGAUGUAGAUCUUGUAACUUUCAUUUAUCCAUAUCAGCAUCAUAAUGGUAUUGUUAAUGUGAAUAUGACGUUAGGAAGCUCUGUUAAUUUGUCUGUAGUUGGCAAGCCCACAUCAAGCUUUGCACAGCUAUUACUAGUCAUUGAUAGUGGUGUGACUACAAUAAAUUAUUUGAAAUGGGGACCACAGAACGAAGUGAAAAAAUCCCCGAUUUACGUUUCACGUCACAAUACGUUACCGAAGCGUGUAAGUACCCAACCGAAUUUAGCCUAGUGUUAAGAAAUGGGACGGCCCCUAAAUAUUGAUAGCAUCGGGGACUGAAGCCAUGUGAAGUCAAUUUACCUGCAUGGGCUUGCAUUUCCCGAAGGUGAGUAGAGUUGAAGCCUGAUCAUAAAGCGCGGGACUAAAUAGUAUUCCUAUGGCUUGGAAACAACCUGUUGGUUACGUCGUAAUCUUUUUGUGUUUUCGCCUCAACUGAAAUGCAACUAGGCAACGAACGGGAUUAAAAUGUAUUGAUCUGGGCUUUAAUCUCCUCCCCGUGGUCAUUGUUUAUAGACCGGAGAUUAAUCUAGUCGUGGUCUGCGCCUCAUGGAAGCCAAAAUCUAUGGAUUAUAAUGUUUAUAACGUGCAACUACCUGAGCCGUGCUGCGAUGACGUUAGGCUAUAUCCGAUUUAGAUUUAAAACGGGGUAUUUCCAUUUCAGAUCUGAAUGUCCGAAAUAGGCCUAACUGAAGCAUUGUGGCUGAGAGAUGUUCUGCAUGUUAUAUAACUGCCAUUAAACCUAUACUACUACUAAUAAUAAUAAUAAUAAUAGUAACAAUGAUUACUGUUACAUCCCCAACCCCCAUUUACCAGUGUUAAACGCCAGCACCAAAAAUUAAAAGAGGAAACCGUCUGAGAAAUAUUCCCGUCUAAAGUGUCAGCCUAUAACGGUGACGUAUAAAGAGAACUGAAUCCCAUUUGUGUGCAUAUAGCGGACCAAAUACAAAUUAAAUUAGAUUUUAGUUUAUUUCACUCUUUGAAAUUUCCAAUUGCAGUUCUCUCAUGUGAAUAUUAGCAUCCCCUAGUGGCAUCCAUUUUUAUUGCAACGUGUUGACUGACUGCUUGCUUGAUCAACAGAAGCAGAUUUAUCAAAUGUUUGAGAAUUUUGAAGCCUCUCCAAGUAAAUUUCUGAGUAAAUAUUUCUAUGUUAUAAUGUGUAUUAGUUGCAAAGAAAGCAUAGAUAUAUUAAGGGCUAUGUUUGGCCAUUUUAUGUUUACAAAAUUCCAUAUUAUAAACACUGAUUUAAAAAAAUUACAAUUUAAAAACCUUUUUAAAAUAUUUGAGACUUGGAAAAAUGGUGAAGUAAAGGUACAGUGAGGGUGUCUGCUUAUAGUGAGGAGAAUUUCAGAGAGGUCAUAGACGCACUCAAGGACAAUAGUUUAGGAAUGCCACCCAAAAAAACAUAUAUAGGUGUAUAUUUUAAGAAGGCAUAUUUAUAGGUAUAUGUAAGACAGUGCGAUCCUGCCAAUAAUUACAAAGGUCCCUAAAGGGACGCUGUACAUAUUAGAUGUUAUCUUUUAGUAUGGUUUUGAUAUACUUGCUGCAACCUAUCCACAUAUUGCCAGCUGUCACAAGUUCAAGUAAUAAAUGAAUGAAUGCUUGAAUGUGUGAAUUUCCUUUUACUUCAGUAAUUGUAGUCCAGCCAAAAAGCUUCUCCACAAAGUGGCAAAGUGUUAAAAGAAUGUGCCAACUACAACAAUAAAAUAAAUAAAA